AUGGCCUCCAAGGCAAAGAAAGAAUGGCUCUGCAUUAUCCCUGACAAGCCAAACGCUUUGGAACGUCGAUUGGAGGUUCGACCAAAGCAUUACGAGGGUGUCAAGGGCUUUGUCUCAUCGGGCAAACUACUAGCUGGCGGAGCAAUGUUUGAGUCCCAUCCCGUGGAGGGCGAAACGCCGCCCUUCAAGGGCAGUAUGCUUGUGUACGCCGCUUCCGAUCUCGAGGAGGUCAAGGAGAUUAUCAAGAGUGAUGUCUACGCCUCAAGUGGCGUCUGGGAUGUCGAAAAGGCACACAUCAUUCCGUACGUCUCCGCUGUGCGUGAACCAAUGCCUUGA